UGAAGGCACCAUGGCUCCAUCAGGACCGUGUUACCUUUUUCGCUCAUAUUUGCUCUUCUUUGUUGCUAGUUUGGCGACCUCGCCGCUUCUCUUUAUACGACAAAAGUUGUAAACCAACUAUUCGACUUUUACCAAAGACGCGAAGAUGAUUUUGUCCGUAGUUCGCAGCGCUCGCGGCAACGUCGCCCUCCGGAUGCGCCAUGCCCGACACGGAAGUAGGGCGAGCGGGUUGUCGCGGGGAUGCCAGCCGGCCGGCGAGCCUCUCGGCCGGCUUGGGGUGCGGGCGGCGAGCGCCGCGUCCGGCGGAGGCGCCGGAGCCGGCGCCAAACUCCGGGCGGGCGACUUCAGGAAGCAGUCGCGGAAACGAGACGGCGUUGACUUCGACCGCGCUCUGAGGGAUGCGGUUCGCAGCACCAAAGAGGCAAUGGUGGCCCUGCAGAGAGCAAAUCCAACGGUCCAGCCGCUGCUUGCAAUUGUACAGGUGGGUGAAGACGACAGCCUGUUGGAGAUAAAUAAGAAAAUAGCUGGAAAGGUGGGCUUAACCGUCACUCAGAUCCGCCUGGCCGAGGAUCACGGUGAGGACGAAAUCGUCGAGAAGGUGUCGAAUCUGAACGAGGACCCCGGGGUGCACGGCGUCCACCUUCACCUCCCCCCCGGCUCCCUCACCAGCCGAGUGCUCGACGCUCUCAAACCCGAGAAGGACGUAGACGGGAUAACAUAUUUGAACAUGGGUCGUUUGGUGCAAGGGGACCGGGACAAAGGUUUUGUUCCACCUGUUGCGAGCGCUGUAAUGGAUUUAUUGCAAAAACAUGACUCUCCCUUAGAAGGAAGAACGGUGUUAUUGAUCGGCGCUGAAGGACCUCUCGCGGUAGCCCUGCAGUCCCUGCUGGAGAGAAGUGGAAUGGCAGCUCUCAGAAGUCAUUCCAAUUUCAAGAACCUCCAGCGACAGGUGAUGGAGGCCGAUGCUGUGGUCCUACUGGGUGCCGACGAUCUUAACAUUCCGCCCACCUGGAUCAGGCCAGGCGCCGCGGUCAUCCGGCGGGGGCUCAACCAAGAAGGAGAUGACGGUGGGAUUUCGUCAAAGUCCGGGUUGGCUUAUCUCACGGCAGCGUACAGAAUACAGAAUGUGGUGCACAGCAGCUGUCGGAGGCUCCAGGAGCAGCAGUAUCGGCCCUGGAGAUUGCGUGCCCUCAAACUCCACCCCCUGACACCCGUCCCAAGUGACAUUGAGAUUUCCAGAAGUCAGACACCCAAGGCAGUGGAGCAGCUGGCAGAGGAGAUUGGCCUGUUGCCAGAAGAGCUCGAAACUUACGGCAGGAGCAAAGCAAAGGUCCGCCUCUCGCUGUUAGAUCGCCUCCAAGCGCAGCCCGACGGCAAAUACGUGCUGGUGGCAGGUAUAACUCCGACCCCACUCGGCGAAGGGAAGAGCACGGUGACCAUCGGCUUGGUCCAGGCCCUGUCUGCGCACCUGAAGCUCAACUCUUUCGCUUGUCUACGACAACCCUCUCAGGGACCCACCUUUGGGGUCAAAGGGGGAGCUGCAGGAGGGGGUUAUGCCCAAGUCAUCCCAAUGGAGGAGUUCAACCUGCAUCUGACGGGGGACAUUCACGCCAUCACUGCUGCCAACAACCUGGUGGCGGCGGCCAUCGACGCCAGGAUGCUGCACGAGACGACCCAGUCGGACAAGGCUCUGUACAAUCGACUGGUCCCUUCAGUCAAUGGCGUUAGAAAAUUUGCACCCAUCCAGGUUGCAAGACUGCGCCGUCUCGGCAUCAACAAAAGCGACCCAGCCUCUCUCACGCCCCAGGAAGUCAGUUCUUUUGUCCGACUCGACAUCGACCCCUCCAAGGUCACCUGGCAGAGAGUGGUCGACACAAAUGACCGCUUUUUGAGGAAGAUCACCGUGGGCCAGGCCAGCACUGAAAAAGGACAAAUCAGAGAGACAGGCUUCGACAUUGCGGUGGCCAGCGAGAUCAUGGCCAUCCUGGCUCUGGCAGACAGCCCGGAGGACAUGAAACGAAGACUUGCACGCAUGGUGGUGGGGACCAGCCGCUCCGGACAGCCCGUCACCGCCGAGGACCUGGGCGUGAGCGGGGCGCUGGCCGUGCUCAUGAAGGACGCCGUCAAGCCCACGCUGAUGCAAACCCUGGAGGGUUCCCCGGUGUUUGUCCACGCCGGGCCCUUUGCCAACAUCGCCCAUGGCAACUCUUCGGUUCUUGCCGACAAGCUGGCUUUGAAGUUGGUCGGACGGGACGGCUUUGUUGUGACUGAAGCUGGCUUCGGGGCAGACAUCGGGAUGGAGAAGUUCUUCAACAUCAAAUGUCGGACUUCAGGCUUGAGGCCCAGCAUUGUGGUGCUGGUCGCGACCGUUCGGGCUCUGAAGAUGCACGGCGGAGGCCCCAAUGUUUCAGCCGGCGCGCCGCUCCCAAGAGAAUACAUCGAUGAGAAUCUCGCCCUGGUUAAAGGCGGCUGUCUCAGCAAUCUCAGAAAGCAGAUCGAGAUCGCUCAUCUGUUCGGGGUUCCGGUGGUGGUGGCGCUGAAUGUCUUCAAGACAGACACCCAGCCGGAGAUAGACCUCGUGUGCCAGCUCGCCAAAGAGUGCGGGGCGUCGGACGCGGUGCCGUGCCACCACUGGGCGCAGGGCGGGCGGGGUUCUUUGGAGCUCGCCCGGGCCGUGAAAGCUGCCAGCGGCAGACCCAACAACUUCCAGUUCCUGUACGACGUUGAGAUGCCAAUAUUGGAGAAGAUUAGAGUUAUAGCCCAAAAGGUGUACGGAGCUGAUGACGUAGAACUGUCCCCUGAGGCCGCUGACAAAAUAAAUUACUACAGUCAACAGGGCUUCGGCCGUUUACCAAUCUGCAUGGCCAAGACCCACCUGUCGCUCUCGCACGUGCCGGCGAUGAAAGGCGCGCCCACUGGCUUCGUUCUGCCGAUCAGAGACGUGCGCGCCAGCAUCGGAGCCGGCUUCAUCUAUCCGCUCGUGGGAACGAUGAGCACCAUGCCGGGCCUGCCGACUCGACCCUGCUUCUACGACAUUGACCUGGACCCGCUCACCGAGGAGAUCACCGGGCUCUUUUGAACACGUCGAGAUCCUCACAGGAAAACUUUUGGCCUCUCUCAGGACGUUCGCCGCGAGCACCAUCAAGAUUCAUCGCUGAUGGGAAACGCGCCAUCUCUAAUUGUUCCCAGCAGCUCAAAUCUCCAUUUGUAUGUUACGCCGUACGUAUUUGCACACUUUGGGUCGUAUGCCAAAGAUCGGAGGCGCCGCGGAUGCUCUUUUUCUGCUUGUCUACUUUCAGGUGUUUUUAUUUUGUAUUUUAAUCCCGUUUGAAGUGUUACUGGCAGGUCAUGCUGCUUUUUUUUAUCCCGGCUGUGAGAUUUUUAUUUUUAUUUUUUUAUUUUUUACGUGACUCGGGCACACAACCAAAAAAAAAAAAAAAAAAAACUGCCGGACCCACAAGUGGCCUUUACGUUCAGUCGCCUUUGGUCUACCGCGUUAGCGGCUGCACCGUAAUCGUGUUAAAAAUCAGUCGUAAUCUUAAUGCAAUCUUUAUGUUGUCGAGUUUUACUUGACAAGUUUCUAAACAGUGAUGCGUCUCAUCAGAUGGCUAAUUUAGUUACUUGGUAAUAUAUUUAAUACUGAAUGUUAUAUUUCAUUAAGCGUGACACAUUUCUGAAGGAAUCUUUUUUUUGGGGGGGGGGUUUCUGUUUGGAUCUGAAAAGAAAUGUCUAUACUAACUGUGACUCAGGCUAUUUAGUAUUUUUCUCAAAUAUUGCAGGUUGUAUGUUGAUCAUCAAUUGUUGAGAAAUACAAUCAUUUCC